AUGUGGACAAGAUUGAUGAUGCCACAAGAUGUUAUGUCAAAAUAUUCGGUUAAAACUGUUACAAACGGUAAUGUAGAAAAGCAUUUUGAUAACGUAAAAAAUCCUUCGAUGAAAGGUGAAACAAAUAUGAAACUUGGUCGUUUUGUUAAUAAAAUUCAAAUUUACACUGAAGCCGUGUGUAAAGAAAUAAAAGAUAAAAUACCAAGGGUAUUGUACAAACGUAAAAAAAACCAAACACAAAUUCCAUUUAGACAUUUUUUAACAUACCAUAAUUAUGCAUUAUUGAGUUCACAGUCUAAUAAAAAAUGUAAGCAGAGUAGCUCAGAAUGGGAUGAUGGUAAAACAUUUUACAAUGGUCACUCAGGGAAUAUCUUUGUUGAAGAACAAUGGAACAAACGAUCAAAAAGAGUUCAAAGUCAUUUUAGUCAUACUAAUAUUCAACGGUUGAGUUAUGACUGGCAGUAUAAAAGUACUGAAAAAGUUGUUCAAUAUGAUGAUGAUCAAAAUGGACAGGAUAAAAUAUUAAACUUACCUCGAUAUUCCAACCACUUGUUCACUGAUAUUAAAUAUUAUUCUCCCUGUUUAAGUGAACAGUAUGUAGUUGGUGUGUAUUCGGGUGAAGGCUAUAAGUGUGUGAGUGUGACUCUGUAUGGUGAAAAUGUUCGUAAAUUGCAAAACAACACCUGGUUAAAUGGAACUGUGAUUGACGCACUGCUAUUGACUUAUGUGAAUAAUGAAAUUGGUUAUAUUCCUGCGGAAAUUAGCAAUACAAUUCGGUCAAGUACCAAAGUUAAAAUAGCCAAAUUUGAUUAG